AUGGCCGCUACCAAGUCCCUCGCUGUCAACCUCGACCACCCAGAGGCUGCCGCACAGCUGCACAGCCUGGAUGCGGGAGUCCAGCUUGACAUUUCCUGCACGGAAAACAGCCAGUCUCUCUCGCUUCUCCCCCAGCUGGUCAACAGCAGCAGUGUCUCUUCCAUUCAUGUCGACGCGACGUACAGGACCGCCGACGCCUGCCGCCGCCUCACCCAACCCCUCAAGCAAGUCCUGCUGUCCUGCCCCAAUCUCCGCCGGCUCUCCCUCGACAUUUCCCCGCCACGUGCCGGCUGCAUGGUUCCUGAUAUACCAUCAGAGUAUUGCGGGCUGGGCUUUGCAAACGGCGAGCGACCGCCGGCACUCGAGAGCCUCGAGAUCAUCGCCUACCCAUGGGGCCGUGAGCCGAACAACUCCCCCAUCAACUUCCACGCCCUCGGAUACCCCGAGAAGGGGGAAGAGCUGGACUACUGGGCGACCACCUUUGAAUGGUCUCGUCUUGGACGACUGACUCUGCAUGACGCCUCAAGCGGUCUUGCAUUCCAGGUCGCGCCCAAGCUCACAACCCUAGAGGAACUCACCUUAUCUCAAUUCCACGAUGCAGACCAGCUACGGUCACUGUUCCUCACCAUACCCUCCAGCCUAUCGACCGUGACUCUUCCCACCCUAGGACCCAGCAUUGACAUUGACAUCACCAUCCUCCUCCCACACGCAGCCACACUCCGCAAGCUGGAAAUCCACAGCCCCGAGCAUCCGCACCAUCCCCGUUUCACCGAGCAAGCCCUCCUCCAUCUGCGCGACAGCUUUCCUCAACUAACACACCUAACCAUCGACAUCGACCGCGCCGGCAAGGAGUGGCCCUCCGCCAUCUUCUCCGUCCUCGCCUCUUUCCCCAGCCUCCAAGAGCUAGAUUUAUGGUUUCCCCUCGGGUGCUCUGAUGACCCUUUCCAGCCCUACCUAACCGCCCUCAGCGCCUCACACCUCGCAAGACCCCUCCUCGACCGCUCCACAACCCUGCAAUGCAUCCAUCUCCACUCCGGCUGCCCAGCACAACUAGGCCACGGGUUCCCAACGCAAGACGCACCCUGGGCACGCGAGAACGCAACGAGUUUCAUCUGCGCGCGCGCGGGGACAGAGGCUUCGUUAACAUGUCCGGAUCUCGACGACGAGGCGAAUAACGAGCUAAGAAAGGCAAUGCAGGAUAAAGUCACGAGCGCACCGGCAGCGAGUUUGUCGCGCCUGCUGGGGCAACGGGUCGCGUUUCAGGUUGCGGUUGAGGGGCCGUUGGAGGUGGAGGAGUGGAGGGCGUUGCAUCGGGGGGAUGAGUGA